AUAGUAUUUAAUAGAUAAUAAUGAGCACUUUACGCGAUCGCAUAUUAGCAAAACGGAAGCGUUUGCGCUGCGUGGACUGCGGAGAUGCCGGAAUGAUAGUAGUAGACCAAACAGAAGGUAGCCAAAUAUGCGUCAACUGCGGAAGAGUAGCGGAAAAUGUACUCAUAUCAGAACAACAAGAAUGGCGAAGCUUUAGCGCAGAAUCAAGCAGUGGAAAAAAUAACGAUCGCAACCGUGUUGGAGAAGCAAACGAUGUAUGGAUGGAAACAACAAGCGGAACUACAUUCAUAGGAGCAUCCAGAAAAAUGCAAAAUACACAUAAUAUGGUAAUCAACGAUAACGAUAAUAAAAGGCAUCUAAAGUCAGCAUUCGUAAUACUAAGACAAGUAGAUGAUACAAUGAACCUGAGCGACCUAGUAAUAGAACGAAGUAAAGAAAUGCUAAAGGAAUUGGAUAACGCAGGACAUCUAAAAGGACGCUGUAACAUGUUAAAUGUGCUGUCCAUAGUGUACAUGGCGUCACGCGAAGUAGGAGUAUGCAGAAGCCUAGAUGAACUCACAAUAUACGAAGCAAAAAUAUCGCAAAGAGACCUUAGCAGAGCAAUCGGACGCAUGAAAAAACUACUACCACAAAGAGGAAACGCUACAGUAGAAGAUAGCGCACAAAUCAUACCGAGGUUCUGCAAUAGAUUAAAUAUUAACGAAAGAAUGACGUUGCUGUGCGAAUACGUAGCGAACAAAGCAGCAAUGCUACUAAGGACAUCACACCGUACGACAUCGCUAGCAGGAGGUAUCAUAUAUUUCAUUACACAAGUAGCAUGGAAAAGCAAUGCCAGUGAAAAGGCACCGAGUAUAGCAGAUAUAGCCAAUGUAUGCGGAACUAGUGAGUCUACAAUCAAGUCAACAUACAAAGAACUACUAAAGGUCAGCCACCUGGUACUACCAAAUACAGCAACGUCUAACGCAGCGUAGCCAUAUUAACAAGAGUACGUACGUGCUCAACGGCACCCAAAAAGUCAGACUCAGUGUUACUGGGAAGCUCAACCACCUUGUCCUCACCAAAGUGGUCAACGGCGUCCUGAAGACA